AUGGUGUCCUGGGACGGAUGGAUUUCAGAUGACAGCAGUUUCUAUGGCACCGAGGAGGAGCAACAGCAUCAAAGACAGCGCUGUGAAAAGUAUGAUCUAAAAUUGUUCUGGCAUUCUCGCUCCAAAUAUAUCAACGCCAUCGCGAUGAAUGCGAGGACUCAGCUCCUUGCAGAACCUACUUCCGACAACAGCACAGCGCCGUCCAAGAGAGGGAAGAGGGGAACAUCACCGCAACUAGGCGAGUCUGUCGAUGAAUUUAUACGCCGCCUUUCACCACUGACCACCUCCAUCUCCAAAUGUCCCUGGAUCUGGGCUGAGAAUCCUUAUCGCAACCCUCACGACAAGCCGCCAUAUUCCAAUGUCGCUGACUUUACAAAUCGCGGCAUGCAACUGCUCCAAGAGUCUUUAGAGAGCCGCCGUAAGAUUCGCGAGUUAGCUGCUACACAACCGAAAGGAAGCGUGACCAAAAAACUAAGUCAAGAAAGCAAGUCUUUGCAGGAGCGCAUCGCCAGCCUAGCCAGAGACACUCACGUUCUCUCUGGAAAAUGGAUGUUAUUCCUAAAAUCUGUCGAUGUUACUCGAGUCUGGAAACAGAUCGUAGCAGGUGUCAUCGAAAACCGACUUGGCUCUGGCUGCAAAGUGGCAAUGGAUGAUGGAAAAGAGGAACGGCUGAUCUGUGUCUACACAAAGGACUUUCAAGAUACUCAAGAUGUUGUACGAGUACUCCGGGAGCUGGAAAACAUGGUUUUGAUCUCUGCAGGCCGACCUAUCUACUACAAGCCUGAUGCCUAUACUUACCUGGAUCUCAUGCGCGAAAACGCGGCCGAGUACGGAUUGCAAGCGAGUCUUUAUAAUUCCCGCUCAAUGCUGGCCAACGGUAAAGGGACCAAGUCGUCCCCACGAUCCCAAAAGAAGUAG